UAAAUCCGCUGCUCUCCGCCAAGACCCGACUACUGACAAUUGCAAGCAAACUGUCCGCACUCCACCGUUAAUCACACCUCCAUUCACCAUUAUACCUCACCACCCAACAAACACAUAAAAAACCUUCAAAGCCUCCUCUAUUACACCAAAAUACCCUCAAUCGAUAUAUCCUUAAAUAGUAUUCAGAAAACCACUGCGACCCCAGACCAACACCACAACCACAAAAACAUGCCAUACCUUCCCACCUCCCAGGCCUACCUGGAACAAUCAGCGCUCCUCCUCGAAGCAUACCCAAACGACACCCGCAUAACCACAAAAUAUAACUUCCCCUCCUCUCAAAAGCCCAAACCAACCGACGAAUCAACAACACCAACGCCCCCAAUCGCAUCCCUCACACUAAAGACCUUCAACCCAACCUCCGGAAUCUGCCUGAAAUACCGCACGAACAAAGCCGCCGAGGUAGGGCGGUUGAUUACAUCUCUGGGAAAGCUAGCGGGCGGUGCAGAUGUGGCUGCGCUGGGAUUGGGGAAUGCGGCUGCUGCGCCGGUAGCGCAGGCUGGUGGUGAUGUGGAGAUGACUGAUGCGCCGGAAGAGGGCACGGGUUCUGCGCCUGCGGCGAAGACAGAGGGGAAUAAGGGCGGGAAGGGAAAGAAGAAGGGUGGAAAAGGGAAGAGGUGAUUCUGCUCUUAUUGGUCCAGUUUUUUUUUUUUGGGAGGGUUGAGAGACAUUGAAUGUCGGGCUACUGAUGGAAC